AUGAAGCCAGCAACGCGACCCCCUUUCUCCCAUGCUUCGUUUCCCCUUCGCCUUUCAGUUGCUGCUCGUUCAGGAUCAACUGCGCUGCCUGCUGCUGUGCCUGUGCCACCACCUGUUUCUGAGACCUCACACUUGUGCCACUUGCCUCACCAGCGUUCCCUCGCUCCCCCGCACUCUCCUCCCUCCUCCUUCCCCUCCUUCCCCCGUUCGCCUUUCAGCUGCUGUUACCUCACACUUAUGCCACUUGCCUCACCAGUGUUGCCACUUUCCUCCUCCCUCUCCUCCCUCCUCCUUAUGCUCCUCCCCCCUCUCGCCUUCCAGUUGCUGUUCAUUCGGGAUCAGCUGCACUGCUGCUGCGCCUGGGCCUUCUAUCUCGACUCAGAUGCCUAUUUCCGAAUGGACAACCACCGCCUUCCCAUUGAAGCCUGGCUCGCUGCCUUGCCCUUCACGGGAGCGUUCAACUGGAUAAGGGAUCGCUACGGCAUGGAUCUCACCAAUCAGACGUGGAUGCCGCAGUUCCCCAUUGCCCUGCUGGAUCCCCCUCCUGCUGGCGUGGCGGCCUGCAGCCAAUCACCCGCUGCCCCAUGUGCAGAGGAGCCCUCGGAGGAGCUGAUUGGGCUGUUCGCCCGGAAUUCAGGGGAGGAGAAUGGCGCCCCGGCUGCUCUGUUCAAUGCUUCUCUGGAGUCAAUCAAUGCGGGGGUCAUGCUGCUGAGACGCUCCCCCCUCACUUUCCAGUUUCUCGACACUUGGUAUAACGAGGAACCUUCUAACCGCCACUUACAGGAAGCCACGUGGGAGCAAAACCGACUCAACCGCAUUGCGCCACUCUUUGCAAAACACCUGGUGGUCGUGCCGUACCUGGAGCUCACUGGCCCGGAGGGGCGUCAGGUGCGGCAUGUGUGGUCGAUGGUGGGUCGGCAUAGGGACGAGGCACUGAGGGCUGCGUUGUUGGGAGCGUUAUUGGCUAAUGAGGUGGCGACUAAGGAGGAUGAUUGGACUCCAAGAGGGGUAGUUGAAAAGUGGGCACAUGAUGAAAUGGAUGCACGGGAAUAG